AUGGAUCACCGUCCGCAAGCUUGGGGUCGUCCUAGAGACGAUGUUUACGGUGCCUACGAUGCCUCUUUCAUGACCGAUAAUGGCCCCAAGCAAAACACCCAACAGCCCAUCGUCACUGGUACCUCCGUCAUCGCCGUCAAGUUCAAGGAUGGAGUUGUCAUGGCUGCUGAUAACCUAGCGUCAUAUGGCUCUCUGGCCCGAUUCACCGAUGUCAAGCGACUCCGCUCCUUCGCCGAGUCCUCGGUCGUUGGCUUCAGCGGCGACAUUUCCGACAUGCAGUAUCUCGACCGCCAUCUCAUCGACCUCUCCCUCGACGAGGCCUACACAUCCCCCGACGCUCCCCGUCUCAAUGCCGCAAACCUCCACCGCUACCUCGCCAAGCUGCUUUACCGCCGACGCUCCAAGUUCGACCCCCUGUGGAACCAUCUCCUUGUUGCUGGCCUCGACGACGAUGACAAGCCAUUCCUUGCCGCUGCCGACCUACUCGGCAGUACCUACAGUGCCCCUAGUCUGGCUACGGGCUUCGGUUCCAUGCUAGCCCAGCCUAUCAUGCGUCGUCAUGUCCCCGACGAGGAGACCGCACAGAACUUGGAGAAGGAGGAGGCUAUCAAGAUCAUCAAGGAAUGUAUGAAGGUUCUAUACUACCGCGAUGCCCGUAGUUUGGACUCUUACUCGAUGGCUGUCGUCACAAAGGAAGGAGUGGAGCUCACCGAUGGUCUGCAGCUCGAGGCUCAGAGCUGGGCCUUUGCCGAGAGAAUUCGCGGAUAUGGUACUCAAACUGUCUAG